AUGGCAGGUCUAGAAACUGAUGCUCAAUUCCAUUUCACUGGUAUCAAAAAAUAUUUCAACUUUUAUACUCUCACAGGUAGAAUGAAUUGUGUACUGGCCACACAUGGAGGCACUGCUUUGAUGAUCUUAUACUUCAAGUUAAGGUCUAAAAAAACACCAACUGCGAAAGCAACAUAAACGAAUUUUAACCUGCACCUCAUCUGUUAAGUUCCCAUGCCUGGAGAAGCUAAUGUCAA